GGCAUUGUGGUUGCCUGACGCUCAGUGGCGGUGACUGAGAGUUUGUGUGUACGAGACGGAGCAGGAUGUGAACAUGGCGGACGGAGAGGGCGAGCAAGAGUGCAGCCCUGGCCCGGACCUUAGCGCCGAGAUCCCGCUCUUAGAGGAGAGGUUGCAGGAGCUGGAAAGCCGCCUGCGGAAGAGCAAAGAGGAACAGGGGGAGGAGGCCGUGCAGGCUGCGACCGACUACUGCCAGCGCUUCUGUCAGACUCUCCUUGAAUAUGCAGAGAAGUGGAAGGCAUCGGAAUACUCUCUGCCUUUACUGGAGGUGUAUACUGUGGCAAUCCAAAGCUAUGCUAAAGCAAGGUCGUAUCUUACCUCUGAGUGUGAGAACGUAGCCCUGGUGCUAGAGAGACUAGCUCUAAGCUGUGUUGAACUUUUGUUAUGUUUACCACAUGAGCUACCUGUUGAUCGUUGGGAGAAAUUUCAGUAUACUAUUCAGGCUGCCCAUACCAAGUUGGCUGAAAACGGCAGCUAUGAGCUCUCUCUCUUGCACAACAUUUCUCGAGAAGCUGGUGUUUGGAAAGAUACAGACCUACAAAGAAUACUCAACCAUGAAGUGCAGAAUCCUCUCUUAGUUGACAGAUUUCUUAUGUCUGAGGGUCCACUCUUACUGGAGAUGCGAAUUAAGAGGCUCCUCAAACUCAGCAAAGUGGCGCCUGCAACAUCCCUGGCAAAAUUAUGUUCAGACCAUCCAGAAAUGUGCAAGAAAGGCAACUUUAAACAAAUCUACCUGACCUGCCUCUGUGCUGCCUCACCAAAUAUAAAGCUUAUAGAGGAAAUUGCCAAAGUAGACUGUAAGGAUGCAUUGGACAUGAUUUGCAAUCUGGAGUCUGAUGGCGAUGAGAAGACCUCCCUGAUAUUAUGUGCUGCCUUUCUGUCCCGUCAGCUACAAUAUGGGGAGCUGUACUGUGCAUGGGAACUGACGCUGUUUUGGAGCAAGCUGCAGAGACGAGUGGAUCCCUCUAUUCAGGUCUACCUAGAAAGAUGCCGGCAAUUAUCUUUGUUAACAAAGACCGUAUACCACAUUUUCUUUCUCAUCAAAGUCAUUCAGUCAGAGGCGGAGGGUGCAGGACUUCCUACUUGCAUUGAGUUAUGUGUGCGAGCGCUACGCCUUGAAUCGAGUGAAAACUCUGUUGUGAAAAUCUCGAUAUGCAAGACCAUUUCCUGCUUAUUGCCUGAUGACUUGGAGGUGAAGAGAGCUUGCCAGCUUACAGAGUUCCUUCUAGAGCCUACCGUGGAUGCCUAUUAUGCUGUUGAAAUGCUGUACAAUCAGCCUGACCAAAAAUACGAUGAGGAGAGUCUUCCGGUACCAAACUCUCUGCGCUGCGAGCUCUUGCUUGUUCUGAAAACCCGUUGGCCUUUUGAUCCGGAAUUUUGGGACUGGAAAACAUUGAAGCGCCACUGUCUGGCAUUAAUGGGGGAGGAGGCAUCUAUUGUAUCAUCGAUAGAUGAGCUAAAUGACAAUGAAGCAUACGAUCAGACAAAUGACUACCACGAAACUACCAAAGUCCCACCGCUUAACGGACUUGAAGGCUUUGAUGGAACUUCGAAUUCCAAAGGUGCAAGCGAAGAGAGCCAAAAAAAGAAAAACAUUAAAAAGCUGAGAGAACGUGGAUACAUAUCUGAAAGAUUUAGGAACUGGCAAGCUUACAUGCAGUACUGCGUGCUGUGUGACAAAGAAUUCUUGGGUCACAGAAUAGUGCGUCAUGCGCAAAAGCAUUGCAAAGAUGGCGUUUAUAGCUGCCCUAUAUGUGCAAAGGAGUAUAAUUCAAAAGAAAGUUUUGUUCCGCAUGUGACGCUACACGUAAAGCAAUCCUGUAAAGAAAGACUGGCAACAAUGGCAUCUGCCAGAAGACUUCAGAGGUUACCUAAAAAACCACCACCUUGUAAGAGUAAAAAACCAGUGAUCGUUUCCAAGCAAGAACGACCGAUAAAGAAGAACAGCCUGUAUUCAGAGGACUUUAUAGUGUUUAAUGAUAAUGACAAUUCAGAUGACAAUGACGACAAGGAUAACAAGCCGGCGAGUUUACCAACGGAACAGCAAAUUGUUGAUGAAUUUCCCUGUCCUGUACAGUUUUGUAAAAAGGGUUUUAAAUACUUCAAAAAUUUAAUUGCACAUGUAAAAGGUCACAAAGACAGCGAGGAAGCAAAGCGCUUUCUUGAGAUGCAGAGCAAAAAGGUAAUCUGCCAAUAUUGCAGAAGACAGUUUGUCAGUCUGACUCAUUUAAAUGACCAUUUGCAAAUGCACUGUGGGAGCCAACCGUAUAUAUGCAUACAAAUGAAGUGCAAAGCAAGUUUUAACUCCUACGCAGACCUUCUGACACACCGAAAGGAGCACAGAGUUUUCAGAGCACGGUGCAUGUUUCCCAAGUGUGGCAGAAUAUUCUCUGCCGCUUACAUGCUGUUUGACCAUGAAGCACAACACUAUAACACAUUUACUUGUAAGAACAACGGUUGUGGGAAGAUUUAUCAUUCUCAGCUCCAGUUAGAAAAGCACUUAUCUGAACAUGCAGCAGAUCCCCCUUUGCAAGAGAGCAAGUGUAACACAAAUGCAGGACUAAUCGAGAUACCAAAAGCUGCGGAUAGUGAACAUGGCACAGAAGAGAAUUCAUUACCAGAGAGUUCUUUUGACAAUGAAGAUAAUUCAACAUCGCAACCUUUAGGUGUAGUUGCAGAGCCUACUUUGGCCAACAAUUCCAACUUAUCCCCAACAGAAAGGACUGUGAAAGCUGACUCAAUUUCUUCUGUUGAGGUGGAACAGGCCGCGUGUUUGUUAGACCACCAUCUUUCCACUCCUACUGAAGUUCCCAACACAAACCUGCCAAGUUUAAUCCCAUCGUUAUCCACGAUUACGUUGAGUCAGAGUCUGGUGGCCAAAAAUGGCAUGUUGGCUCCAACUGAUUUUCCAGCAUCCUCUAGCAGUGUUUCAUCACCGUCGCCUAUCAUCUUUUCCAAUAGCGACAAACCGAUUGCAGCAUCUAAUAUAAAAGAUCUAAAUGAGAUGCAACAACCUAAUUUUCAGGAUAAAAGUCUUCCCAUUUUUCAAGAAUGCAACACUAGCUGUCCAGAUGAUUCAAUCCAAGAUCAGGCUACCUCUACAAAUUCAUGUGAAAACAAAACAGUGGAUGAAGGACGCAUAAACAACAUUAUCUCCUUUGGUGCAGACAACCCGGCUCCCCCAUUGUGUGAAAAUAACUUGGUAAUGCCUGGGUACGAGGAGAGUAGCAAAACUGAAACUACAUUAUCAUUGUCUCUUGAAACCAGCAGUCUGCUUUCUAAUGUGUUACCUCCUGUUGCCAAUAAUGCAGCUGUAACUCCUCUGGUGGCAUGUCCGGUACCCUGCCAGAGAUUCAAGUGCAAUGUGGAAGGGUGUACUCGGGUCUACAACUCUGUCCAGAGCAUUGGCAAACACAUGAAAACAGCCCAUCCAGAUCACUAUGCAGACUUUAAAAUGGAGAGAAAAAACAGGAAAAAACUAAAGGCUGGAAGCUCAGCACAGACACUGUUUGAGGAAAGGACGUAUCAAAUAUUGUCUGAUGACGAUACUACUGGUAAUGGUGGUUUCCAAUCACCAGUCCAAAAUGCCACAAAUCCUACGUUUUGUAAUCCGUUACAGCACAGCCCAAAUACAGUUUUUCCAACACACCUUGAAAACUUGGUGAAUCCAGUGCUUAGCUCAGCAGUAGAUAGUAUCAUAACUCAGGGCCUGUCCAAAAAUGUUGCAGACAGUCUACUAAGCUCUGAGGUUGGUACCUUGACUAAUGCAGCCUUGACAUCACAACUGGAGGACUUGGCAAAGGUUGUUUUACCUUUAAAAUUUGAAAACGGUUCAGACCCAUUUCUGCCAAUUCCAACUGAAAACGAUCCUUUGCCAGUCUUGUCUUCUCUGAGUGGUAGCACAAUGUUUUCUCAAUUGGGAAAUCAUGCCGAUCACGACACCGUUCUGGCAGGGGCUGAUGCUGCCAAUUCAGUAUUCCUUAAAGAAGCUGAUGCAGAAACAUCAUUUGCUAAACAGGUUGAGAGCAGUACAGACAUAGACACGAGCUUUAAUUUGGAGAAGUCAUCUAGCAUGCUUUCAAAUUCUGCAGAAAACAGCACUACAAGGACUACAAGAAACAAAGAGAGAAAGCCAAAGCACAGUGCUAGAGCAAAAUGUCCUGCAAUUAUCAGAGAUGGUAAAUUUAUAUGUAGCAGAUGUUUUAGAGUCUUCACAAACCCAAGAUCACUUGGUGGCCAUUUGUCUAAAAGAAGUGUUUGCAAACCCCAUAAUGAAUAUGAUGUUUCACAUGCCCCCCUGGUAGAUGGUCAGCCCUCUGUUUUGGCUAACAUGAUUCUUACCUCUAGUCCCAAACAGUCUUUACCACCACCCCCACAGACUUUCAACCCUGAAAUGACUCUUAAAACUGAGCCUUUCCUUCAAUCAGUCGCGCUUGGUAAUGAGGCUCCUCCGUUUUUACAAAGUGGACUUGUACAACCCAAUCCCCAUGAUUUCAUUCCAUAUGGAAGUAAGGAUGCAUCUACAUUGCAAGAGUUAGCCACUCUAAAAGCUGUGGACACCAUUCCAGCUCGUAUUAAUGUGUCUUCAGAGAGCUUCAGGACUGGCAGUGACGCAGCUUCUGUCCCUAACUUGUCAGCUAUGGUCACACCUCAUAUUUCACAAACCUUAAGCAAUGAAGACGCUAACAGCAAAGUAUUGAACUCUAAUGUGCAUAGUGGUAAUUUAACUGCUGAUACUCAAGAACGUUGCCUGAAGAAAGAGGAAAACGGUUUAUGUUCAAAUUCAGUAAUAAAGUCUGAAGAGGAGAACCAUUGCAUAUCUACUCCUGUAAGCAGUUCUAGAGUGUCUGUCAUAAGUGGCCCUCAGAGUUCAUGUUUGACCUCCCCCAAGAAAAAAGGCAAUUCAUCCAAGAAAAAAAAGAAAAAUACAGACUCUCCUACCGAAAGUGCUUCACAUGAGAUGGUAAAAAAUAUCUUGGCAGCAAUAUCGAACCUGCCACCAAUAAUUGGAGGAAAUGAGCAGGGGCCUAAUGCAGCACAACCAAAUUUAUUGGCUUAUGGAUCUGAACUUCUGGAAAAUAUUGCAAAACACUUAAACAAUGCAGAUAAACAAUUGUUCAUGUCUUACGUUAAUGAAAGCCUGAGGGCCACUUCUGAUGUCCAAACAUUAUCUCCAUUUAGUGCAGAGCCAGAGAAAAGCGAGACAGUAGUCGUGCCACACUGUACUACUGAGAGCAAAGGAGAAGAACAAUUAGGCCUUCUGGGAAAAAGAUUUGACAACGUGCCAGCUGGGGUUCCAUCAUUGUCUGUUAAUGGCAGCAUCCGAGAUAUGUGCACCACUUUUCCACCCUGUCAAAAUACUCUCGAUGACGAUGUUGAGGACAUACCAGAUGUCUCACAAAACAUGAUCUCGGCCAAUAGUCCAUGUAAUAUUCCAGUUUGUUCUAAUUCUCCAACACAAGAAACUAAUGCAAAGCAUGAUACACAAGUGUUAGAAAUAAUGGAUUUAGUACAGAAACUUCAGUUGGUGGAUAAUUACCUCCCUGAAGGUCCAGGAGGCGAUCCAGACGCCGAAAGUCCUGUUGAUCCAUUGCUUCAGACCUCCAGUGUAAUUGUACCAAAUCCAAGUCUGUGUGUUUCCCAGGAAGAAGAAGAUGGGGGUUUAAAACCACUGAUAGAUAAAUGUACUGCAAAGCCUUUCAUUUGCCAAGAGAAUGGUUGUACUUACUGUGCAAUGACAAAGGAUGCUUUGUUUAAACAUUAUGCUAAGGUGCAUGACUAUACACAAGAGAGGUUAAUGGAAAUUAAGAAGCAUCAGCUGAAGUUUGCUCCUUUCAGAUGUGUGGUGCCUUCAUGUACAAAAACAUUUACCAGAAAUUCUAAUUUAAGAGCGCACUGUCAAACAAUGCAUCAUUUCACAUCAGAGCAAUUGGUAAAGCUAAAAAUAAAAAGACCCUAUGGUAAGAAGCCUGUUAAUGAAAGCAUGACGGUCCCAGUUCAGGAAAUGUCACCCAAAAUGACUGAAAUUGAAAAACACCCAGAAUUGAAUGUGACUCCACCUGUGGUAAUCGAUACAAACCCAGAACCAUACCAAAUCAAAGUUACCCAAGAAAUUGUUGAAGCUCCUAAAACACAAGAACAAAUAACACCAAUCGUGUUGCCUGCUCCAGAGUUAUCAAUAACAAAUAGUUUAAACACAAAAAUAAAGAAGAUAAAGAAGAAACGAAAAGAAGCUGAGCUAAAUUGUACAAUUAACAUUCAGAACACUGGUAAUCCGCACCAUGGGGUAAAUUCAUUUAGACCCUACCAGUGUGUUCAUCAAGGCUGUACUGCAGCAUUUACCAUACAGCAAAACUUAAUUCUUCAUUACCAAGCCGUCCACAAGUCAGACAUGUCAAAGUUCUCACUAGAAGAGGAUGUUGUGAAUGAGCGUGAAGGUUGUGAAAAUGGUCUCGUACUGAGAGAGUUCAGAUGCAUGGAAACUGACUGUUCUAGAAUAUUUCAAGAGGUUGCCAGUCUCAUACUGCACUAUGUGAAUCAUCAUGAGAUGAAUGCUGAGGAAAUAGAGAAUGCCAUUUCUUUCAUACAUGUUGGACAGUUUAAGUGUGACCAGCAACAGUGCUCCUGUGUUUUUACAACUUGCUCGGGUUACAUUGAGCAUCUUGAGGAAACUCAUGAGAUAAAAAGGAAACCAAUCAAACUGGAUGAUGAUGAGACCUAUAAAUGUGACUGUGAAGGCUGUGACCGAGUUUAUGCAACAAGGUCUAAUUUGCUAAGGCACAUAUUUCACAAGCACAACGACAAGCAUAAGGAGCAUCUUCUUAGGCCGAGAAAAAUUAGUCUUAGUGACCAAGAGUGUCUAGAGGAAAAAAAUUCAAGAGAGAAACCCAGAGUGCCUAAACCAAAGGGUGACGUUGAAGGGAUUCAGGUUCCAAAAGCAAAGAGGAUCAAAGGAAGUGGCAUAGUAAAAGAUGCUAAAGCUGGAAAAGGGCAAUCAAAAGUAGGUCCAUUGUCACUGAAAUAUGGGCGGCAUACUUAUUCAUUAAAGUCUAAGGAAACUGCACUGGCAGAAUGCACUGGUAACCAACCAAAACAGUAUCCUUGUAUGGUCCGUGGAUGCAAGUCUGUUGUAGGUAGUGAAAACAACGUUAUAAGACACUAUAAAUCCCACAAAGUAACAAGAGCAUUCAUUUUGCGGCAUAGAAAAGCUCUGAUUGUGUGCAAAAGGCGAGGACGCCACGUACCUCAAACUGGACCUCCGGACCUCCAGUCGUUAGGAGAAAGUACGAAAGAUGAAGUCCAGGAAGAGGCUGUCCAACCACAAAUAAAACCUCCUACGAAUGCGGUUGAAAGCAGUGAUGAAUCCAGUAUCUUAACUUCUCAGCAGAGCGAAACAGAAAAGGAUGAGAUGGAUGAACUUGCUGAGCUGUUUAUUGCAAAGUUAAGUAAUGAAGACAGUACAGGUUCAGAGAGUCAAUCAAGGACUUCAUCCUUUGAAGGCAGUGACUGUCAGGAGACAAGUUCUUGCCAGUCUGAGCCCCAAAGGCAUUCCAGCCACCUGAAAAGACCAGGGAGGCAAAAGCAUGCCACCCCGAGUAAGAAACGGAAAAAAGACACUUCUGAUGAAACGCUGUCUGCUGAAACAAGUAGCACAUUAAGUGGUGAGGAGGCAAUUGCUCCUGUUGUUGCCUCGGAGGAACCACCAGUUUUUGACUUAAGUUCAUUUAAACCUAUGGGAUUUGAAGUUUCAUUCCUUAAAUUCCUUGAGGAAUCUGCUGCCAAGGAAAAGAAACAUACACCGAGAGAUCAUGUAAAAGCUAUAACACAGAAAGAUCUGCAGCCAGCUGAGAAAAAAACACAAUUGCCAGUUGAUGACGAGUUUUCAUGGGAAAAUACAGACACAGACACUUACUUAAUUUUUGCUAAUCCUUCCCACCUCCCAGACUUCGAUAAUGUAAAAAUAGUUUUAGAAUACCAAUUCAAUGACUAUAUUGACCUUGUAGUAAAACAGCUGAACGAACUGAAACCUGUUGUGGUUCUUAAGAGACACAAAAUGCCCCGGAACGAAUUGGUUAGCAUCACAACGGAGCAAACUUUUUAUCCAGAGGAGGAAGUUGACUUGUAGAGAGGUCCUAGUAUAUUCAAAGUCUGUACAUUUUUAUCGUGUAAUAGAAAACAACAAGCAUGCAAAUAAAUGCAUUUUUAGUAUUUGUUGUUGUGAGAGUGACUUAACCUGGCUGAAGAAAAUAUAUUUAUAAAUAUAUAUAUAUAUAUAUAUAUAUCAUGACACAAGUCAUGCUAAUUUCUCAUUCCGAUUUAUCCCCAUGGGACCUGUGGAAUGAAAUUUUGUUCAGUUAUGUAAAUAUUUCAGAACCUCAAUAUUUCUAUUGAUAAAAUGUCCUUUCCACAAAUAACAAUUUGUGUAAUGUCUGUGGUUUCGUAUAUUCACCAGUCCACUGCUUCAUGUAUAAAAGGAUCCUUUAAACUUGUAUAAAACAUUUUUUUUUUGUAAAUGACACUGUUGACACAUUUGCUGCCUACGUCUAAUUAAAUGACACGUUUAUAUUCUGAAUUUUAAUUUGUAAUUAUGUGCGCCUUUUUAAAAUUGUAACUUUCUCGGGUUGCAAGUUUUUGCUAAAUACUUGAAUCCGAUUCUGAAACAUAAAAUUUCCAGAAUUAAAAGAAAAUCUGCAGUUUUUAAAUAAAUACGUGUAUGUGGAUUCACCCUACAGUGCUGAGAGCCUCCAGUGUCACGGACAUUAACCAUGAGGAUGCCGACUAAGUUAAUGAUCGAGUUUAAUUUACUCCCUGAUAUAUUUUGUAAAGUGGGUAUUUAAUACAUCGCAUUCUUACAACUUUUCAUGUGUGAAUUUUUGGGGCUUUUUUUUUUUGUUUUGUUUUUACACUAAACCAUUGUAAAUGUCCUUGAGAAAUGAUAGUUGUGUGAAAGUGUAUAUUUUUUGAGUUGGUGACUUGUGACGUAGCCCAGUAUUGCCUUAAAUAAAAUCACAUUUUAUUUC